UAANCUACUGGUUUUUUUUCAUUUCAAAUCAUUCAUAAUCAUUGAAUCAUAAUGACGAUUUCGAUCAGUGAAUUUUAUAGCAAUCGUUCUGUUUUAAUUACCGGUGGUAGUGGUUUUAUUGGUAAAGUUUUGAUUGAAAAAUUACUUCGUUCUUGUCCGAAUAUUGGCCAUAUUUAUUUGUUGAUUCGAACGACAAAUCGUAAUGGAAAACAACUCGAUUCAGAACAACGAUUAAAACAACAAAUAUUGAAUUCAAAAUUGUUUAAUUUGCCUACUUCAAAAAAUCUAGAUUUUAGUAAACUUGUCGCCAUUUCGGGUGAUAUGACAAUGCCGAAUUUAGGUCUUACCGAACAAGAUCGUCAAAAACUUAUUGAAGAAAAGGUGUAUUCAUUGAAACAAGAUGUUAACAAAAUAAUCGAUCAAAUCAUUGAAAAAGAUGAUGAUAAAAACCCAAUCAAAGGUGAUCCAAUACUUUAUGGUAGACCGAAUCCCUAUACGGUUUCCAAAGCUUUGACCGAAUGUCUGAUAGAGAAAAAAUAUUCUGAUCUACCGGUUGUAAUUUGUCGACCAUCAAUAGUAUCUUAUGCAUAUAAUGAACCAACAAGAGGCUGGUGUGAUAGUCUUAAUGGAAUUUCUGGACUGAUACUACUGGGAAGUUUAGGCAUUAUUCAAGUACUAACGGUUGAUCAUGAUAAAUUGACCGAUUUAAUUCCAGUAGAUUUUGUUGCAAAUUCAUUGAUUGUAAUUGGAUAUCAUUCAAGAAUGCCAUCCACAGAAAAGAAAAAUGUCAUAAAUAUUACAUCGGGAGCAAAAAAUCCAGUUACUUGGAGAAAAAUAGUUAACUCGGUAUCUGAUAAAGUAUCUUCGACGCCAUCAAUAAGAAUGGUACGACCAACGAAUAAGCUAAGAAUCAAUUCAACUGUCAUCGGUCGAAUGCACCAUUAUUUUCGUUCAUUCUUUUUUCAUUUUCUUUUUGCUUAUAUUUUUGAUUUUCUACUAAUCGUCAUCGGUCAGAAACGAUAUAUGGUUAAAACAAUGAAACGAAUCCAAAAAUAUUGUGAUGUUUACCGUCAUUUUCUCAAUAAUGAAUGGCUAUUUAAACAUAAUCAUUAUGAUCAAAUAUAUCGAACAUUAUCGGUUGAAGAUCAAUUACGAUUUCCAUCGGAUGUAUCAACAAUCGAUUGGAAUGAAUAUUCAAACACGAUUUGGAUCGGUACACGACGAUAUCUAUUAAAUGAAGAUGAUUCAACUAUUAAACAAGCAAUUCAUCGACAACGAAAAAUCAACAUCAUUUUUGGAUUAAUUCAUUUUUUCGUUUACUUAUUUAUGAUGAUCAUACCUUGCAUGUUUGCCAUUAUAUUUCCAAUCAGAAUGAUAUUAGCAAAUCAUUCGUAAAAAAAUAUUCAUUCU